GGUGAACUUUCGUCGAAACUAUCAUUGUCCCACGCCGUCCGGAAUGGACUUUUCCCGACGACUCCAUUUGUUUCUGCCUUCUCUGUUUUCAUCCAUGCCACUGAUUUUUAGUAGUUUUCAGUCUUCACUCUUCGUUUCGUUUUCCACAUCUAGAACCUCUUAAUUUCCAUUUCUUUCUCUCUCUCUCUCUCUAGUACCCUAAACCCAAGAAUAGUCCGAUUUCACCGAGUCUAAUGCCAUUAAUUUCUUCACAUCAUCUCUCAGCCUGCUGCUGGCGGGCGCUGAAUCAUAAAUAAAAGCUAGAGAUGAAAUUGAGGCCCAUGACCAUGGCACCGGGAGAAAGAAUCAUGAACAUGAAGGGUGCGAUUCUAUUUCUUCCCUUGCUGCUCUGCUUUCUCAGCAGCUUCAUCCCCAUUGUGUUUGGCUCCUUAUACAAUUUUUGCACCAACACAACCGCUUACAGUUCAAACAGUGCCUUCGGAGCCAACCUCAACACCCUCUUGUCCGCUCUCUCCAACGCCACCACCGCCACCGGCUUCUACAGCUUCACCGCUGGAAACAUCUCCUCCGACCCAGUCUACGGCCUCUUCCUCUGCCGCGGCGAUGUCUCAAGCGAAGCCUGCCGACGGUGCGUGGUGAUUGCUAGCGUAGACAUAGUGAAGCUGUGCCCAACUCAGAGAGAAGCCAUCGUUUGGUAUGAUGACUGCUUGCUCCGGUACUCGAACCAGUCCGUCUUCUCCAAUCAGGGCCUAGUUUACAUGUACAAUAGACAGGACAUUGGCACCUCGAGCCUAGCCCAGUUCAAGGAGGUCUUGGACGAAACCAUGGGUGAUAUAGCUAACCAGGCUGCAAGAAAUCAAUCGGGGAGGAAGUUUGCGACUAAAGAAGCCAAUUUCAGUGGAGAUCAGAAGCUAUAUACGCUUGCACAGUGCACGGCAGAUUUGUCUAUUUCUGCUUGCAACUCUUGCCUCGCCGAUGCUAACUCCAGACUCCCAGAUUGUUGCGACGGGAAGCAAGGAGGAAGAGUUCUAAAGUCCAGUUGCAACGUCAGGUAUGAGAUUUACCCCUUCUACUACCUCAGCGACGACACCGCACCGGGGCCCGCACCGGGCAUUCCUCCUCCACCGGGUCCGGCGAACAGUCCAGUUUCCCCAUCCGAUCCUUGUAAAGAGUGCCUGAUGAAGGCCAUCCUAGACAUGGUGGUACGGUGCGGACAACAGGGAGAAGCCGAUGAUUGCCAGUUCCGAUUCUCGAACAAGUCCGCAUCCGGCUUCUCCAAGAACAUAGAUAUCUCGAUUAAUAGCCGGGACAUCAAUGCUUCGAGCAAAACCGAGUUCGACCGGGUUUUGGGGGAUACCCUGCGUGACGUAGCUAACCAGGCUGCAACAAGUGAUCAAUCGGACAGCACUGGCAACAAGUUUUUCACUAAAACUGCCAGCUUCGGUACUGGGAUUCAGAAGCUAUAUACGCGCGCUGAGUGCAUGCCAUACUUGACUAUUUCUGAUUGCAACUCCUGCCUCGCCGACGCUAUCUUGGAGCUCCCCGCUUGCUGCGAGGGAAAGCGAGGUGCAAGAGUUGUUACAUCGUUUUGCAAUGUUAGGUAUGAGACUUACCCCUUCUACGACCAAAACUCCGCCGCACCACCUACAGAAUCGGCCGAUCCUCAUCCGCCGACUUCGCCCAAGAGUCCAGGAAAUAAAGGAAGUAAAAGAAGAACGAUUAUUAUGGCCACGACCAUAAGUGGAUUUGCAAUGCUUCUAGCAGUAGGAGUGCUUGGUUCUUACAUCCAUAAGAGCAAAAGCAAACGAAGAGAGAAAGGGCCGGCAGGAGGUAUGGUUGACCAGAACUAUGAUACCACUACUCAGACAGAAUCUUCACACUUCCCUACCAUUCAACUAGAUCUUAUACUUACAGCCACAGCACAUUUUUCUGACGAAAACAAGCUAGGCGAAGGGGGAUUUGGUCCAGUUUACAAGGGUACAUUACCAGAUGGACGAGAGGUUGCUGUUAAGAGACUCUCAAGAACUUCUCACCAAGGACUCCAAGAGUUCUUAAAUGAAGUUACAAUGAUUGCAAAAUUGCAACACUGGAAUCUUGUCAAGCUCUUUGGUUGUUGCUUAGAGGGGAACGAGUCAUUGCUCAUCUAUGAAUACAUGCCCAACAAAAGCUUAGAUGUUUGGCUCUUUGAUUCAAGUAAAAGUGUGGGAUUAGACUGGAAGAAGCGUAUUCUCAUUAUUAAUGGAAUUGCUCGUGGCAUUUUGUACUUACAUGAAGAUUCCCGACUCAAAAUAAUUCACAGAGAUCUUAAAGCAAGUAACAUUUUGUUGGACGACAAAAUGAAUCCCAAAAUAUCAGAUUUCGGAAUGGCGAGGAUUUUUGGUCGAGAUCAAAACCAAGCCAACACAGGAAGAGUAGUCGGAACAUAUGGAUAUAUGGCCCCGGAGUAUGCCAUGGAAGGGUUAUUUUCUGUGAAGUCUGAUGUAUUCAGCUUUGGAGUUCUCUUGCUAGAGAUUACAAGUGGAAAAAAAAAUAAUGGAUUUCAUUUAUCCGUGAAUGGUCAUAGCCUCCUUACUUAUGCUUGGGAAUUAUGGUCAAAAGGGCAAGCACUGGAGUUUGUAGAUCCAUUAUUGGCACAUUCAUCACACUUAACUGAAGUGUUAAAGUGCAUACACAUUGGAUUACUUUGUGUCCAGAAAGAUCCAACAGAUAGACCUACCAUGUCAUAUGUAGUUGUUAUGCUAGCAAGCAAUAGUAUGGCGCUUCCUCAACCAAUAGAACCAGCAUUUUCUGUGGGCCGAUUAAUUUUGAGAUCAACUCAACCUACAUCCUCAACCAAUGAAAUAUCUCUUUCAGAUAUAGAUCCGCGUUGACUUUUUACUAUGAUCAUUGCUGUUAAAAUCCCGAUUUUACGCGUACGAUUUUACGAUUCGAAGACCCCCAAACGAUUCAAAUCCCAUGUAAAAUCUAAUUUGGGAUAAAAUCCUAUAAAAUCUCGAUUUUACA